AUGUCUGCUCAGUCGACAACGUUGACAGUCGGCCAGGAGAUUCCGCUCCAGGAAUUGACCUCGAAAGAAGGCAGCCUUUUAAAUACCGAGGGACAUGUUUUAGGAUCGGGCACAGAUGCGACGGGAGGUCUUCCGGCUCCGACGACAACAGCCGAAGUUGUGCAGAGAUGGAAUCACCCGAGGUCAAAUCUCUUCAGAGUCCUGUCCUGCUUCUUCAGUCUCCUCGUCUCCGGUGCGAAUGAUGCCGCCUACGGUGCUUUGAUUCCCUACCUCGAAACCUACUACGGCCUCUCCUACGUCGUCGUCUCCCUCGUCUUCCUCUCCCCCUUCGUCGGCUACGUCCUCUCGGCCGCCCUCAACAACUACGUCCACCUGAAGCUCGGCCAGCGCGGCAUCGCCGUCAUCGCCUCCACGUGCCACAUCGUCGCCUACAUCAUCAUCUCCCAGCACCCGCCCUACCCGGCGCUGGUGGCCGCCUUCGUCGUCGCCGGCUUCGGUAACGGCCUGAGCGACGCCGGGUGGAACGCGUACAUUGGCAACAUGGCGAGGGCGAACGAGGUUCUUGGCUUCUUGCACGCGUUUUAUGGCGUCGGCGGCGUGAUUGCCCCGUUGAUUGCCACGACUAUGAUUAACAAGGCGAACUUGGGUUGGUGGAACUUUUACUACUUCAUGCUCGGUCUAGCCUCCAUCGAGCUCAUAUGGUGCACGGCAGCCUUCUGGACGCAAACCGGCGCAGUCUACCGCGAGCUGGUAAGCCACUCCCGCAGCGACAACGCCGGAGGCGGCGGCGGCCUCCGCACCGCCCUCCUCAAACGGCCCUACGCCCGUGUCACCUGGCUCUGCGCACUCUUCCUCCUCGCCUACGUCGGCACCGAAGUUUCCCUCGGCGGCUGGAUCGUGCAGUUUAUGAUCCAGGUCCGCAAAGCGAACAACUUUGACUCGGGCAUGACCUCGGUCGGCUUCUGGCUGGGCAUCACCCUCGGCCGCGCGGUCCUCGGAUUCGUCACCCCCAAGCUGGGCGUUAAGCUCGCCGUGUCGGUCUACAUCCCCAUCGCCAUGGCGCUCGAGUUGGUCUUCUGGCUUGUGCCGCACUUUUACGUUUCUGCCGUGGCUGUCGCGCUUCAGGGGUUCUUCUUGGGUCCGUUUUUCCCGGCGGUUGUGGUCGCGGCGACGAAGCUGCUGCCGAGGCACCUGCAUGUGAGCACCAUUGGUUUUGCGGCGGCGUUUGGCGGCAGCGGGGCGGCGAUUCUGCCGUUUGCUGUCGGCGCGCUGGCGCAGGCUAAGGGUGUGCAGGUUUUGCAGCCGAUCAUCCUUGCCUUCUUGGGGGUCAUGCUCGUGUUGUGGCUGUGUCUGCCGAGGAUUGGACAUAAGCAGGAGUAA